GCGGUGAGGCGGCAGCCGCCGUAGCACGCUCCGCCUCACCCCCCUUCACCGCACGGUUCUGAGCUGGCGCUGACCCGCCGAGGGGAACAGCGGAGCGCGCGGGUGUGUCUCGUGUGUGUGUGCAUCCCCCGUCCAGCAGGAGCCGUGGUUCGGCCCGGAAGGGGCGGGCGGCGCCCAGCGCGCGGCUCCCGCGGCGGAGGUGGCGGACAAUAGCGACGAGCGGAGUUGGGCACUAUGAACGAGGAGCAGUUUGUGAGCAUCGACCUGGACGAUGACAACGUCUGCAGCGUCUGCAAGCUGGGCACCGAGAAGGAAACGCUCUCCUUCUGCCACGUUUGUUUCGAGCUGAAUAUCGAAGGAGUACCAAAGUCAGAUCUUCUGCAUACAAGAUCUUUAAGGGGGCACAGAGACUGCUUUGAAAAAUUCCACUUAAUAGCAAAUCAGGACUGUCCACGAUCAAAGCUCUCUAAAAGUCCAUAUGCAGAAGUAAAAAAUAUCUUGAGUAGAAAAAUUAACUGGAUCAUACAGUAUGCACAAAACAAGGAGUUAGACUCUGAUCCUGAAAACUCAAAACCAUCCCAACACCAGCUUUUUAACUUCAGACAUCAGACGGACAGAAAAUUACUCCCUCAGUGUGACUCUCCAGUACCUAGAUACUCUGCAAAGUGGAUAGAUGGGAAUUCUGGAAGCAUCUCGAGCUGUUCAGAAACUCUUUUGGAACAAAGAGAAUCUGCUGAUUUCAGACUUGGUGUGUUACAAGAAACAGGUGCUACCUUCUGCUGCAGCAGUGUUUUGUGGUCUGAUCGCAACCAAGCCCAGAAAGCUGAAAAAGCUGAAGGUGAUUCACUUAACAGUCUUCGUAGAAGGCAACAUCAAUACAGCAGGGAAGAACUGACUGUAAUGACUCCUGGAGAGUUAAAGCAACUUAAUGAAAAACUGUUGAAGCAAAUCCAGGAUGUGUUUGAAGAGCUAACUCAACAAGUCCAAGAAAAGGACUCUUUGGCUUCAGAGCUCAACGUCCGUCAUAUUGCUAUUGAGCAGCUGCUGAAGAACUACUCCAAACUGCCAUGUCUACAGAUGGGACGAACAGGGAUGAGAUCAAAUGUCCCCAUAUAAUGGGGAUACAGCAUCUAUUCCCCAUAGAGCUAAUUUUCCCAAACAGCUUUGAUAAACAUUCAGUACAGCUGCAGAGAUAGUUAGAAGCUUUUGAGGGGUCUUGGGCAGCUUUCUCUUUGCAUUAAUAAUCCCUAAGAAGUCUUACUGUACUUCAGUUUUAACAAAAAAGGCAAAUAUUUUAGGUAUUCAUAUCUACUGUAAUAAAGUUUAUUCAUACUUGAGGGAAUAUCUUUUUUUUUUGCCCGUAACUAGCCAUGAGCCAUGAAAUUAAAUCUGUGGUUUAUUGAUAAUAAUUUUUUUUUCUAGCAAAGAAUGACCUGAACCCUGUUACCUGCCUCCUUCAUACAAAGGAAAAUUAAGAAUUGUGAGUUUUGAUCAGAUCUGAUCAUGUUACAUGCGAGAGAGCUUUAAGGGGAGAACAGUAUUAAUGAAACUCAUGUUUUCAUAUUUAUUAUAAGCAAUAUUUUAUUAUUGAAAUUUUAUACUAAAUGAAUAUCACUAUUUUAGGUACUUUUCCAGAUCUCUUUAUAAAAUGUCUGAAAUACUCUGUGUAAUGUUUAUGCCUUGUGUAUGACUGUUUAUCCUUUUUCAGGUCUGUAUCUUUCAUGAUACAAUUCAGAAGAAAAGUUUCCCAAAGAGAUGAAUUUCACAUGUUAAAUAAAAAAACAUGGUGGUGCAUCACUUAUUUUUGUCAGCUUUAUAACUAAAGAAUUUGGUUCAUCAGAGAUGUAUAAAAAAAAAAAGCACAGCACUUCUAAAUUCAAAAAAAAUCCAUACUUUGGUUUUAAUGCAUAAAAGUUGUUUUAUAUGUGUGAAAUUUUCAAUGCUGAAAAAUUACUUUGAAGCUAAAUAAAUUUGUAAUACUA